AUGUCCUAUAAUUGUAAUAUGUAUAACAACAAUCAAUUUGGAAAUGAAUUUACAUUCCCAUGCAACUUCCGGCCUCCAACUGUACCACCGCCUCCACCACCGCCAAUGUUUUAUAUGCCACCACCGUUACAUGUACCCACACAGAUUCCUAUCAAGAAUGUGUCUGAUCAAGAGUUCAUUAAUUCAUUCAAAGACAGGUUCACUGAAGAAAAAAAGGUUGGAGAACCAAAACCAAAAGAAUCUAUUUGUAAAGUGCGUGAUAUGCUACGGAACUUGGUGAUGGAAUUAAAUGAGGUGAAAAAGCUGGAAACUGAACUAUCACAGAUAAUCAACACAUGUUCUGAUGAUGAAUGGAAAAUGAAGCUCAAUGAAAUCAAUCACAAAAAAGGUGUUAUUAAUGGAUAUUUAUCAGGAAUCAAUGAUUCGAAUUUAGAUGAGUUAAGAAAGCAAGUGGCAAGGAGGACUGCAAAGAGACUUCGAUUGAAAAGGCUAGGUGCUGAAAGAAAGAAGGAGAAGGAGGAUAGAAUCAAACAAAUGAAAGAAAAGUCCAGGAAGAUUGAUGAAAACUUGCAAAAGAUAAAAGACAAUAUUAAUAAAGCAAAGCAGGAAGAAGAAGCAAAACUGCAAGCAGAUAUGGUUUUGAAAGAAGUUUUACGUAAAAAACAUGACGCAAGGAAAUUCAUCAAUAAGUUUGAUGCAUUGAAGAAACUUCGAAAAGCUCGACAGAAUACACACAAAGGCAGGGGAGAAAAUGUAUCAGAGAAGGAAAUGGAUGAAUUUGUUACUAAAAUAGAUAAUCUGAAAGCACUAUGGGUCCAAAAACUGUCAGAUUAUGAAAAAGAAGAAGCAGAACUACAGAAAACAUUACAAAAUAAUGCUGAUGAGAACCAAGAGAUCAAUGAAACAGAAAAGGCGGUAACAACUAACUUGGCGCAGUGGAAGGAGGCAUUGUUUGGUGAUGAGGAUGCCAUGCCACAAUUUAACUUUAAUGGAGAUUUAGGAAGAUUUGUAACUGUCAGAUCACAAUGGGAUCGUUAUAUAAGUGAAGAAGGUUCUUCCAUACCAGUGGGAUGGUUGUGUCCGACCAGUCGGCAUGAUUCUUUGUAG